AUGAACCUGCUCCUUGUUGCUCUCUUGAUUCCUUGCUCGUCCGGCUAUAUCAACGACUUCUCCAUCAACAUCACAUACCCUGGAAUUGAAGACGAAGACAAUACUCGUGUAUUCCUAGUUGAUACGUUUGGCACGGAUGACUUCAUCUGGCACGCCGAUGAGUAUUCCAAAUUGGUUGGUGCUGAGCGAACCUAUGACGAAAAGAAGUCCAGCAGCUAUUACGAUCCCGGGCGGGAGUAUGAAUUCAAAUACGUCGAUGAAAACAAAGAAUCCUGCUACUUGGAAGGAUCAGCUGCCUUCGACCAAGUCGAGUUAUUGCCAUAUCUCAGGCGUACAGUGGAAUUCGGCAUGGUUAAAAGUGCGACUUGCGGAAACGACGCAAUCAAGCGCUCUACGUCGUUUAAUGGAAAACUGAGAGCUGGGAAAGUUAGUUUCAGACAAUUCGUUACACAGACCGUCGGGAAGACAUUGGCUGAGGCGUUCAGAAACAGACAGCUUUGUUUGCACAUCUCUGUAUCGGAGGACAUGAAGUAAGUUGAAAAUCAAAAGUAUAUAGGUCAGCUGCGUCACAGGUCAAACUGAGGAGUUCGAUGACCGGAAUAGACCCUUGGCUAUCGGUUUUUUACGCUUCGUCGUUCGUUACUAACAGCUAAAAUUAGAAAAAGUGGACAUAUUGCAAUUCUUCGCCAAGUCUCCGCCAAGCGUCCGCUGACCAUCCAGCGGCUUUGCAAGGCCUCAUAUGCACUUCCUACACCCCUUUUUUGGCGUAUUCACGUGCCAUACGCCCCGUAUCGAUCGAUUUUGUGUGGACUCGAGCUGUCGUCGAUCCUAAAAGUCGUGACGCGGAAAAUCGCAUCCCCGCCGAGAAAAAUGAAUUGCGUCGCGGCAAAAUCAAAUUGCUUUUCACUUCAGCGAAUUUAGAACAAUUUUUUCUAUGAUCUACGCGAGAACCCUAGCCAGCGCUUUGCAGAAACAACCGAGAUUUUUAGAUCGAAAGUCGGCGAAAAAUUGAAGCUCUUUUCCGAAUCCGCUCUCCGCGUUUUCCGCACUCUCUCAGCCGCAAAAUUUGUCGUUGAAUAUCUCGGCUGCAAAGCGCGAGCUAAAACUGCCAGGAAUUGAUGUCGAGUCUACGCCCGACGUGUGUGCAAAAUUUAAAGAAAAUCCGAGCGUCGCAUUUGGGGCACUUCCCUUGCAAACCUAAUCGUCGCGUUUUCAGAAUAAAACAAACCGUAGUUGCGGUCGGUGCGGCAUACAACAAAGCCCGCCACAUCAACGAGGCCUUCAAUCACAAGGAAUAUAUGUGGGCGCUUCCCACCACCUACUUCAAAGUCGGCCGACAUCGCUACGAGCCCGGCUACAACAGACUGGCCGUUUUCAUGUCCGCCUACGACAAAAUUAAGCUUCCCUGGCCGUACUUCGACCAAAUCGUAGAAGAGUCUGAGGCCAAGUACGACAAUGCCUCGGGAAAGUAUCUUGUGGAUUGUGGGCGAGAGCUACACCUGGAGCUGGGAAUAGAAAAGGGGGAAUUUAAAAUUCCCUUCCAUGCAUUAUUACGGCGGCGAAAUCCGCAGGAUUCCCAAUGCGAACUGCUUUUGGAACAUUGGCCAGAGAGAUACAUCGAAGAUGUUCAUUUGGGGAUUCCGUUCUUUGUGAAUAACGGCGUUUGCUUCUACUACCUCAAUGGAGCGGCAUCAAUCAGCUUCUACAAUGCAACGUACGAUGAGAACAGUCCAAUCUUCCCGAAUACGUUUGGAACUUAUAUGAGUGUCGUUAAUGAAUAA